GCAACGGUCGCUAUGGCGCCCAGUUUAGAUGGGGACCGCAGCCCCCACAGGCCCACACAGCCUCCUCCUCGCACUGAUGGCAGAGUAAUAGCUGAUAGGAUGCCCUCAUUUACCGACUUCGACGCCACCUUCAUGGUGAUAUCAAUGGGAACCUUCGCGGUGGAUGUGUGUACAGAUCUGAACUUGGUUAUACGAUACUACUUGUCUGGGUCAUUAAUAUGGGCAAGUCUGACACUGGCUUUAGUUUUAGUGCCAGCAAUUAUUGUCAUGGUGUUGUCCAUGCGGUGGCACAUUGUUGAUGAGCAUCCUGUUACCAAAUGUUAUUGGGCGACACACAUCUGCCUCUGGGGCAUAAUGCAUCGGUACAUUAUAAUGUUUAAGACUGGAUUAAGAUUAAAGGCACGCAAGACUCUAGCUAGAACCGACUUUGAUGAACUCUACCGCCAGCAAAGUGAUGUGUGUAUGUUGCGCAUGUUUGAAUCAUUCAUGGAGUCCGCCCCUCAGUUAAUCUUGCAGCUCUAUAUUAUGAUGUCUUACAACGAUUACAGUAUAUGGACAGGUAUCACAGCCUUUACAUCCAUGCUGUCCGUUGGCUGGGGUAUUGCGGCAUAUACUAAAGCCAUGCGUAAUACCCGUUUAGACAAACAUAAGAUGACAUUAUCUGGACUAGUACUACAGACACUAUGGCGUGUUGGGAUGCUUUCUGCACGUGUGAGCGCUCUGGCCUUGGUAGCAACCAUACUGGAAGCUUGGAUUCUAUUAAUCAUGGGUUUGCACCUCAUAGCGAUGUUUGUGUGGGUGGUGAACCAGAAGACGGGCUUCAGCUCUACGAAAUGGGAAGAGAGUAUAUUUAACUUUAUCAUGGCAGUUACUUAUUGCUUUUGCUUCUUUAAUCUCAGGGAGGGCCCUUCACGAUGGAGGAUGGUGACAUUUUACACGAUCACUGCAGCUGAGAAUCUUGCCUUUGUCUUGACCUACUUCUUAAUGGCUCCCCACAAGCUGUGGCUGAAGUAUACAGCAUUAGCUGUAGUCGUCGGUGGUAUGACAGUGGGUCUAUCAUGCAUGGUUCUGUACUAUCGAUUUUUCCAUCCAAUGGGCCCAUUAAAUCCAUUUAAAAAUGAAUCUAAAGAAGCCAUUGAUGCUGAAAAGGGAACACUUUCUUCUGGAAAACGGUUGAGCCCCUCCCCAGACUGUAAUGCCAACACUAGACAUGAAGCAUGCAGAGUAUCAGUGCGAAGAGAAUUUAAAUACAUGUAUCCAGUUGUGUCAAAAUCUUCGAACAGUGUUUUGUCUGCACCCGGAGUCAGCUUGGAAAGUUCACCUGCUUCAAAUGGGACAACUCCAGUUUCCAGCUCACAUCUUCAAGAACAUCAGAGGCCAUCAGGAGUUAUGUGCUCGGUGCAAGAUCUUCUGGCUAAUGUGUCGUGCAGUAGUGAUAUCCAGAUAGUUGCACCACUAAAUGGUAAAGAUAGUGAAGAUAAGGUUCUGAGUGACAAUGUGAACAGGUAUGGUGAAGAUGAGGCAACAGAGGAAAAGCAAGAGUCGAGUCCCAGUUCUCUUGAAAGAACCGUUAAUAGAGAAUUAAACGUCAGAUUUUCCUCGUCAGAAUUUAAAGAUGUAGAUAAUACUCAAGAGAUCCCGUUAGAGGUAAGGACAAAUGAAAAUAUAACUAACAUGAAAGCAACUGAACAGUGCUGCAAUCAGAUCAGACAAAGUGAAACUUACCCAUUUCAAACAGAAAGUAGUCAGAAGUAUUAUUGUCAGGUAGGAAUACCCGACGAAUGUCAAUAUCACACGGCAAGAAUGGAUGUCCUCAACCAACAAGAAGUGGUCAGUAAGUCAGACGAUGCUCCACUUUCUGUUGAUAGUCAAAAAAAAGCUUGUGGUUCAAUAUAUCAUAGUUUAAUUAGACUUUCUAGUCCUAAUUGUAUUGGUCUUCCCCAUAAAUUAAAAAGUUCAAGUCAAACCGGUUUGAGCAGCUUGCAAAGAAGCAGCAGUCAUCUCGACAGUACAAGUAUUUUACGAACGAGUGUGAGAAAGAAAGGCUACACAGUCUCGGAAACAGAUCUAAGACUAACCUCGUUACCUCACUUCACUACAAGUACCAUAAAUGUUACCUCCAAGUCUCAGAACAUUGAUCAUGAAUGUUCUCGAGAUCCCUCAAUCGCAAAACCCCACAUACCAAAUGUAGAAUUAGCUGUCAUUGAUCGGAUGCACAUCAUAGAGGUAGAAUCAUCUGGGAUGAGUUCAGAAGAUCAAUCUGAUUAUGAAAAUAUUUAUGAAAGAAAAAAUGGUCACAGGCAAAAUCUUCCUCCAAAACCUUUAAAUUUGGUCAUGGAGAACUUGAAUGAAACUCGCACAACCCAGUCAUCUGUGCCACAUGAUUAUGAAAACAUAUGUGCUAUUAAUAUUAAUAGGGAAAUGUGGGGAGUUAGACAUUGGAAAACCUAUUCAGACAUUGAAGAUAAAGAUAGAAUUCAUGAUGGCAGUACAUACAAAGAUAGACUGAAAAUACUAGACAGUACUUUGACGUCAAGUUUUCUUUCAGAAUACAGCAUGCAGAAGGGCAUUCAAAAUCGUAGAUCAAUUAGUAUUACUGAUGAUUGCGAGUCAAUGUUAUCCAGAUCAUUGCCUGAUCUUAGUGCACUCAGAUUAGAAACUUGUCUUGAAGAACCAGAAGAGGAGAUGGAAGAUGAAAAUAUUCCACCUGAAGUUAAAGAUGAUCAGAGGCUUAUGGAUGCCCUUAAUCAACUAAGAGCCAACAGACCUAUAAACAAAUCAAAUUCUGUUGAUAAUAUCCCAAACUAUGAAACAAUAUGGGUAGGAGAUGUAGAAAAACCUGAGAAUGACAACGUUUCCUCUGUUAUGACUUCUACGAAUAGCAAGUCGUCUCUUGUUGUUACUAUUGGAGAUGUUCGUGCACAGGAGAGUCUAUGCAAUCUUUACUACUCUACUAUGUCUGAUCUUUCUUUCCGAUAUUAUAGUGAGAGAAUGAGAAGGAAUAACUCUGUAGGUUCUCUUGCUUCUAGACGAAGCACACGAGAUACCUCUCGAGAAAUGAUUCGCACAGUUUCUGUUCCAGAUAGUAAAACAUUAUUGGAAGUAAGUGAAUUAAUAGAAGAAGAAAGAAAAAUGGAAGAAGAGAAACAAUCAAGUAACACAAUAAAACCUGGUGCAGUCUCUGUAAAUCGGAGAGAUCCAGGAAUGACUCCCGUGACCUCUGGAGCAUGUUUCCAUCCUCGACGCAAAUUUUCUAUGCUACGUGAGAGAUUUGAACAUCCUAACUGGACACCAUUAAAAUCUCCACUAAAACAAAGACAGUCGGCUCAGAGAAGAAAUUCUCUGCAAGAUCGUACUGCAAAGGCCUUGCAAGCAGGCAUGAAAGUAUUUAGAAGACCUCGAGUUCAUGUAAUUACACCAAAGAAAGAUGAAAACAAAGAUACUCCCCGUCUCAAAAGUCCUUUUAAAUCAAAGAAUGUCACCCCAACAACUCCAGCAAUUAAAAUUAACACCGAAACUCCUACAGAAUUUAAACCAAAUUCUAAAGUAGAGUGUGAUGCAACAAAAUCAACAGUUCAAAGAACACCAUGUAUUACAACGCCAGCUGAUCACAAACUAACAAAGGGAACACCAAAGACAAGCACGCCUGAUAACACUAAGACAGCUAUUGUAAGAAAAGCACCUGUGGCUGUGAACCCAAGCAAGGUGACAGCAUUAACUGGAGGACCAAAAACUAGCACUCCAGAGGGCAAUAAGCAGUUGCCACAGAUAAGUAUUCUUAGUGCUGUGUCAAGUGUUGUUUGUUCACCAGAAAACCUUCAUCCAAGGAUUCCAUUAUCAGAAAAUCUGCAUCAAAAUAGGAUAAGCUCUAACUCUUUGGCAAUGCAAGUUAUCCAAGAAAUGGAAUACGCACAAAAUGUUGUGCAUCAAGCAUCUUCGUAUAGCUCGGUUCUACCAGGAAAGAGUGCUCAUAAUUUAAAAAGUUCUAGAAUACCUGUAUGUGAUGAAAAUAGCAUGGAAAUUCGUCAUAUGCUUCCAUCUGCAUCAGGUCUUCAGAAUUCACAAAGUCUUCUAAAUUUGAAAACUGUCAGGACAUCUCCAAUGGAUGACCAUAGAUUAUCAAUGGGACAAGUGAUGUUUUCUGGUGCUCUUGGGCUUCCUCAGUAUCAUCCUGAUAUCAGACCAACAAUAAUUAGCAUUUCUGAAGCCACAGAAAGUCCUCAGAAUCAGCAAAAUAUUUCCAUUAGCCGUAUUAUUCUGACAUCUCCGCAGUCGCCCAAGUUCAAUAUGCAAAAGUCUACUUUGUCUCCAAAUUCAAAAAUAUUUUCAAGGAGGAUAUAAUACUAGCACAAAAGUUAUUUCAUUUUCUUUAAUUAACAUCGUUCAGUAUCCUCUCAGCCAACAUAAGAAAUAUUACAGGUACAAAAGUGAAAAUGUUAGAGAACAUUAGACACGUUCCUACCAGAAGUAUCGGACCAACCGGGUUAUAGUGGAUACGUGGGUCUUCGGUCUAUUACAAGUAACAGCCUGUUGAACCAAGUUAUCACAAGUCAAGCCUGGUUCCAGGCCGCACUUUGGGAAUAGAAGAACUCGCUGAAUCCACUCCAGGUAUGCAUCAGCUAAUAUACACGUAAAACACAAUUUCAGCAAUCUCAACAUAUAGGCAUAUUCAGGGUGCUCAGCUUAUUGAAGCACUAUUGCAAUCUAAAAAUGCCCUAAAGCAAUCACUUUGGCUCUAGUUGCUCGCAACUCGACCCAUGAAAAGAGUGAGGAGCUGUGGCUGAUGGCUGCAACCACCAGUAUUGACAAGUACUCACCUAAUUGUGCUUGUGGGGGGUUGAGCUCUGGCUCUUUGGUCCCGCCUCUCGACCAUCAAUCAACAGGUGUACAGGUUACAUCAACAAGUGUGUCAGGCUGCACGCUAAAAAGUUAGAGUUCUAACACUAAUGUUCAGUCUGCAACAUUUACAUUUAUACAACAGUGGAGCUGUGUAUACUGGAUCAUCACAAGAGAUAAAUUGAUUAUAUUUAUUCUAAAGCUUAAUUCUAAUAACGUACUGUACAGUAAAAUAAAAGGAGAUCAACGACAUGCCAAUUAGUCAGUCAGUGAAGCUGUUGGGUUUUGCUGCUUAAGGUCUUAUCCAAGAACUACAACUUGGCCAACAGAGACAUUUCUGCUAAGUGUUAUAUAUUAAAACAUUUUUUUGCAAUGUUUUUCCAGUUUGAAAACACUACUGAAAGUGUUCAAGGUCACAAGUCCUGACAAAGAGUUGGAUGUAAUUUUUCUUAUUUGUUUUACUACUAAUACUUAAUUAAGAAAAAUAAGAUAUCCGGUGAAACUUGCUCAAUUUUGUUGCUAAAUUGUGGUGUUCAUGUCAAAGUUGUCCUUAGAUGAGAAGAAGUCAAAUAUAGCUUCUUUUUAUCUCUAAAUUUCAAACAACCAAAGAUAAAAUGUAUUUUAUGUCUUCAUUCCUAACCAUCUGUUGAAUUUUCAGCAAAAUGAUGUAUUUACAUUAUGCAGUCAAUGUAGCACAUCCAGUUGGCAGCACACUAGUGGCUGUACCUGUUCUUUAAUCAGCUUUCAGCAAGAGUGAGUGAAGUGAAGUUUCAGGAUGAUUACACACAAGCACAAAUGUGUGCGUGUAAUUGUACUUGUGGGGGUCACGCUUCGGCUCUUUGGUCUUGUCUCUCGACUGUCACAAAACUGGUGUACAGGGUCCUGAGCCUAUUGGGCACUAUCAUAUCUACAUUUGAAACUGUGUAUGGAGUCAGCCUCCAACACAUCACUUCCUAAUGCAUUCCAUUUAACUACUAUAAAAUUUUCUAAUAAUUUUCUGAAAUUAUUAGGAAAUAAUUUGUCUGUAGCUCAUUUGAGUACUCAGUAGCUACAUGUGCCCCCUUGAGCAAGCACCACCCGUGUUAAAUAAUGUGUGUGAGGUGAUAGUAGUAGUAAUUCAUAUAAAUGUUUUAUACUUGCUCCAAACUUCUUAUAUGAUGUGAAAAUUUAUUUACUAACAUAUGUACUCUAACUACUCUUCUCUGAUAUUAAAACCAGAAAAUAUUGCCCUAAGAGCCAUAUUAAAUUCAAGGGCACAAUGAUCACAUUUGUGCAGCAAGCAGAUAUCUUUGGAUAAAAAGUGGUAAAUAAUUGGUGCUUGCUUUAGCUGUAGAGUACCUUGUAUAUGUGCACAACAGGGUAUAAUAAGUGGUCUAAUAGUUUCCCCAGAGAACUACAGUGUAGUGCUUGGUUAACCUACCAGUGACUACAGAGGAGCCUUACCUCUGUGCCGUUUAUACUUGACACACUAAUCAACUCUCAACAUUAACAUAUUGAUCAUCUAUUUUCUUGAAGUUGUGAAGGGAAUUAGCUUCAACAAUAUCUUCCUUCAGUCGAUUCUACUUGCUCACUUACUCAUACUGGGAACAAGGACUUCCUUGAAUCUCUCUGACUCGACUGCAUGUUCAUCUUUCACUGAUGUCCCUUAUUCUACUUCUUUAAUUUAUACAGGCUUCUUUUGUCCACUUUGUCUAUUCCCCUCAAAAGUUUGAUAUAUGUAGUUAACAUAUCACCUCUUUCUUUUCUCCUUUAAGGUUGUGAGGGGUAAGUUCUCAUCCUGUCCUCAUAGCAGAGGCCUCACAAUUCUGAUACUAAUCUAGUUGCAAACUUCUAAACUUUCUCAGGAUUCUGUUUAUGCUUCACAAGGUGUGGGUUCGAUGCUGGUGCUGCAUACUCGAGUAAUGGUUUUGCACGGUAUGGACUUCUUACUCUCGGUUAUUACUCUUCAGUCCUUACUCUCUUCAUUAAUUUUGCAUCACCUGUGAACAUUAAUAUAUGAGCUCAGUCCAUCUGCUAGGCCAUUUACAUAAAAUAAAAAGAGGAAUGGUCCUAGAACAGAGUCCUGAGGAACACCACAUUCCACUCCUCUUCAGCCUGAUAUAUCCUCUCUGACCAAUUGUUUUUUAUCUGUUGAGUACCCAGUCCAGUGCCUUUCCUAUUAUUCCUGGUUGUCUCUCCAUCUUGUGUAUUAGUUUCUGGCAAGAAACUAUAUCAAAAGUUAUUUUGGCAGUCUAUGAAGAUGUAGUCUAUCCCAUCCUUCCUUCUCUUGUUUUAUUUUGGUGACCCUGUCAUAGAAUUCAAUCAUUUGUUAAGUAUGGUUUCCCUCUAAAGCCAUUUUGUACCCAUGUUGUUUUUUCUGAUGGCUACUAGAAUCUUUACAUAGAAUGCAUGUUAAUGACACCGGUCUAUGGUUUAGUGCUGUGUGACUGUCUCCCUUCUUGAAUAUUGGAACAUUUCCCUUUUUCCAGAGCUCUCCCAUCUCAAGUGUGAUGUUGAACACUAUAGUUAAUGGGUAAUGCAAGAUACCUGAAGUUUCCUUCAGGAACUGUGAUGAUAUCUGGUCUGGUCCUAUUGCUUUUGUUACAUCCAGUUCCUCCAGGUAUUGCUCUUAAUCUCUUCUACAUUAACUUCAAUUCUGUCUAGUGUUGAUUUUGUUCAUGUGUUCCUGUCCCUGCAGUCUAAUCAUGUAGUCUCGUAUCGUUUUCCUAUAUACUUUUGCCACAAAUGUCUUCCUCAAACUGCUGCUACUCUGCUGCCCUCCUUAUUCUUGUAUACUCAUUCCUUGCCUUCUUUAGUGUCUCUAUUUGCCACCGUAUCCUUGUACUUUUUUCCAUGCCUUUUUUUUUUUUGUUUUCCUCUUUGAAUUGUCUGCUGAACCAUGGGUUUAUUGUGUUCCUUUCGUCCACUUCCUUUCUUAGAGGUAAGAACUGUUCAUUGCUUCUUUGUGUUACGAAUUUCAUCAUCUUAUUUGCUGACUUUCCUUCCAUUUCACUUUCCUACUGAACUUCCUACAGAUAAUCCUUAACCCUCCUGUAGUCCCGUCUUCUGUGGUCUCUCUCUUGCUUCUUGCCUUGUUUCCUGUUGAAGAUCCUGUGGCUUGACCUUGUACCACACAUCUUGGCUCUUUUUAAAGAUUAAGCCACCCAAGAGGUGGCACGGGCAUGAAUAGCCCGUAAAUUAAGCUCUGAUUUCACUGCUUAAGACAUACUCAAUUUCUGUAUAAACAUUUUAGGUAGUAUAAUAUUAUGUACAAAACAUGUAUAUAUCCACUGUAUACUGUAUAUAUAUAUAUAUAUACUUAAACAUAUAUUCUUGAAAAAUCUGUUUACUCUUUAUAUUUAAUUUUCUGUACCUCAUAUUUAUAACAUGUAAUUUAAUUCUAUAAUUACAUGUAAACACUGUAAUGAUAAAGGAGACAUAAGUGUCAACUGUUAUGAUUAGUUCUCUUACAUACACAUCCUGUUACUAAAUUUUGGUAAUUACACACACUGGUCAUCUUAGCACUCGUUUCAUUAUUGUAUACAUCUCAUAUUCAUCCUGCAGAAUCCAUAUAUAUUAACUCCUUACUAUUCUGCUCUUCAAAUCCUCAUAUUGUAGUGUAUUUGCUUAUAUUAGUAUAGCCCAUAGACCUAUCUGUCAAAAUAGACUUGCUUUUGUUUUCUCAUAAAUUCCUCUUUACAGUACAGUAUUUCUAUAAUAUGUGAUUAGUUACUCUGGUUGAUGUUUAUUGUAUCUUCUCCAAUCUGUCACUUCAAAUAUGAGAACUUAAGUUUGACUUUGAAUUUCAGACAACCUGAAAUAAUUUUUUUUUUUACUUUUGACAUUCUUAUGUUGCCUUGCCGACUAGAUUUCUUGUACAGUACCUUUCUUUUAAUCCAAGUGCAGGCAAAACAAGUUUUUUUGUGUGUACUUGUCCAUAUGCUUGCAUAUAGAUUCUAAAUUAUUUAUCCUAUGAAAAAGUUAGUAUUAUGUAAUUUUAUUGCGAGAAUAAUACAGAAUCUUGAAACAAAAAAUAUUUGAACAGACUUCUUUAUGGUUUCAUUACUAAAGGUAAUAACAGUAUUAAAUACUGACUACCUUAUUUUUACCAGCCUUUAAUUUGAACCCUUUCCCCCUGCCCCCUCCCCCCUAACUUGAAUAGGGCCAUCAGUUUAUAUAUAUGUGCAUAGUACUGUACUUUUAUAAUUAUUAUAUCGCCCAUUGUCAACCUUUUAGACACUAUGCUUUCUAUCACAAGCUCAUACAGUCCAACAAAAUAAUUAGAAUGUAAUGUACCUAUGCUAAAAUAUUGAGGCCACGCAAUGGGAUUGAACUCUUGUGUUUGGAUGCAAGUUUUAUCUCGUCACUUAGCCUCGGUGUUUUCUCAAGCUUAUACAUCUUCCUCAAUAUUAAAGUUUCGUGUUCACACAGUUGAAGGUUAACGGAGAUUUUUCAUUUAUUGCGUUCCACAGUGACGAGGGUACGUGUAUUGAUCGUGUGUGUUGUCUUUUAUACCUGUGAGUUUUGUUUAAUGCCCUGUUAAUUAUUUUAUUGAGAAAUAAUAAUUCAUAUUUACUAACAUUAAAUGUUUGUGAUACAAUACACACAAAUCCCAUUUCAAGCAUUCCAAAUACUUUACGUCAGGAAUAUUCUGUAUGAAAGUGCAAAUGAUUCAUGUUCAUAUCUAUAAUUAUACAUACUGAGACUAGGUACUUUGUAUAUAACUUGAAUCUGAAUGUCUAAAUUAUAUAUAUGAACUACUAUAAUAUGUUAAAAGUGGUUAUCAAAUCAAAUUAUAUCUAUUUAAAUACAAGUUUCUUCCUCUUGUAACGUGUAGAUGUGCUACAUUAAACUUAAGAAGUGUUUCUCUCGUACUUAUCUGAAUGUCUUGACAUGAAACCAAAGGUAAAGUUAUAAGAUGAUACAAAAGGCUACCUACCUAUGUUGCAGGGAUUUUGAAAGUUACAAACAUCCAAAGCUUACUAACUUCUCUCAACGGAAGAAAGUAAACCAUGUACAUAGUAUUAUAGUGUGUACUGUACGGUAAUGUACACGUGCAUGUGUAUUGUGCGGUAAUGUACAUGUGCGUGUGUACCGUACAGUAAUGUACACGUGCGUGUGUACUGUGCGGUAAUGUACACGUGCGUGUGUACUGUGCGGUAAUGUACAUGUGCGUGUGUAUUGUGCGGUAAUGUACACAUGCUUGUGUACCAUACGGUAAUGUACACGCGUGUGUACCAUACGGUAAUGUACACGCGUGUGUGUGUACCAUGUGGUAAUGUUCACACGAGUGUGUGUGUGUACUGUGCGGUAAUGUACUUAUGAUGAUCAUUGUAAGAAAAUGUUUACAUUACAAAAUGAGUGGUUAUUGCCGAUCUACUUAUGCCCUUAUAAUCAUUCAUGAAUGUGAUUUUUAUUGAUAUUAAAUUGAAAUAUAUUUAAAAAAUAUACUUUUGUAUAU